AUGAGUUGCAAGGCAGCGAAUAGUGAGUCUGAAUCAACGACUAAAUCGUGUGUUGAGAAGGCUUUGCAAUCCACCGAAGAAGCUCAUGUUGGUGAUUCUUUUGACCCAUCUGAACAGAUCGAGGAGUUGGAAUCAUUGCAGGCCAUUUUUCCAGAACUUCAAGUGGAUAUAGAAAAACUGAGUGGUUCGAUCAAGAUUCCUGUAGCUCCUACCAAAUCAAUACAAAUCAUAUUCCGAGACGAUGUGGGAGAUAAGGACAAGUCGGAUGACAGAUCAGUAGUAUACUCACUUCAGCAUAUGCCACCAGUUAACUUCAAAUUCGAGCUACCCAAGUCGUAUCCUCGUAGCUCUCCGCCUAUAUUCUCGAUUGAAUCAGCAUGGUUACCAGUGCAAUACAAAGCUAAACUUAUCAAUGAUCUUAUGACAAUAUGGAGACAAGUGGGUGAUCUAGUGCUCUAUUCAUUCAUAGAUACGCUAUUACUUGCCAUGACCAGCGAGUUUGAACUGACUACUGUGACUUUACCAGCCAAUAAACUCGAUUCUUCUGGAAAUUCAUUAAAAGCGCAAAUUCUCACUUAUGAUGUUGAGGCCAGUAUACAUGACUUCGAAACGCAAACCUUCAAAUGUGAAAUUUGUCAGUAUGACAAAAAAGGGACCAGCUGUACUCGUCUAAGGAAUUGCUCACAUGUGUUUUGUACGCAGUGUCUGAUAGAUUACUAUUCUGCCUGUAUUGAGCAGGGGUAUAUAUCGCAGGUGCAAUGUCCCGAGCCUGGAUGUAGUGAUACACUUAAAGUUCUAGACGAGUUACAACUCACUGAAUUAGUUGGCCCGGAACUUAAAAAUAGAUACGAUGAUUUGAGAAAAAAGCAGGCUGUUGAAGCAAAUCCAAACGUUUAUAUGUUCUGUCCUCGAGAAGUUUGUGAGGGGUUGGUAAAACGUAAUGCAGAUGACCUACUGGCUAUUUGUCCAGACUGUGAUUUCGCUUUCUGUGCUAUUUGCAAGCGGUCGUGGCAUGGAUACUAUCAAUACUGUAAAUUACAAGAACCGCCACGAGAUCUCAUUCUUAAGUAUAUCGAUGGAGACGAAGGUAUCAAACGGAAGCUAGAGCGGGAAUGGGGCAAGCUCAACAUGAGUCGUUACGUAGCAGUUUACGAAUCAGACAGAGCAUUCCAGGACUAUCUCAACGAAAGUCAAACCACAUCGUGUCCCAAAUGCUCAGCUCCUAUUGAGAAGUCCAUGGGCUGUAACAAAAUGACGUGCUCCAUCUGUCAUACCUAUUUCUGUUUCCUGUGCACCGAAGUUCUCGAACGAGACAACCCAUAUCGUCAUUACGGAUCACAAUUCUCACCGUGCUUCCAAAAACUUUUCGAAGGUACCGACGUCGAGCAGGCUGCGGAUGAAAUUGAUCCAAACCUUCUGAUAAGAAUGGUCCUUUAA